AUGCUUCCCUCCCUCGGCUCGCGCCCCCCCCGGGAGCCGGACUUCUCGGCCCUCCCGCGGCAUGCGCAUGAGAUGUCCCCCGCGCAGCAGGCCCAGCUGAUGCACCUGUCCCUCCAUCGGGCCAUCAUGGCGCCGAAUGUGCCGGGCGUCAGUGCUGAUCGCUUUGCCUUUGCCGUCGACGAGGAGCUCCGGGCCCUGCGCGCCUGGUACUUCCAGGAGCUGCACGCCUGGCGGCCACUGGUCACGGUGACCCGGUUCGCCGGGCACCCGCACCACUUCCACGGGCCGGCAUAUGGCGGCCACCCGGCGGCCGGGGUCUGGGCCGGCCCGUUCGAUCUCCUGCGCGAUGGGCCGCGCUCCAUGCUCGACCGGAUCCUCUCCCAGCGCCAGGCCCUCGAGGAUCUCCUGCUGCCGGGGGGCCUCUUCGGGCCCGGGCCCGGGGCCCCGCCCCCGCUGCUGGAUGGCGCCUCCGACGAGGCGGCCUCCGAGCAGGGGCACCGCCGGCCGCGCGGCUACGACCAACUGGCGGCCGAUCUGCUGGGCCAGCUCCAGGACACCAUCCUCGGGAAUUUGCCCUUCCCCUCGCCCUGGGGCCCGGUGGUGUCGCCUCCGCCCCCGGUCCCGGCCGAAUCGUCGCUCUACGAAUUCCCCUACCUCGGUGAGGAGGCCGAGCAGCAGCAGCAGCAGCAGCAGGCCAUGGCCGCCACCACCGGCUCUCCCUGGUGGAUGCCCCCCCCUCCGGAGCACCGCCCCCAGUCAUCGGGUCACACCGGCGCCCCGGUCGAGCCCCAGGUGGAGACCGUCUACGAGGAUGUCAACGGCUCCCGGACCAAGGUCACCACCACGCGCUACAACGAUGGCCGCAUGUCCUACCAGGUGGUUGUCCGGACGAAGGUCGACCCGAAUGCCCCGAUCGAGGAGGCGUCCACGCCGGCCGUCGUGUCUCCCGAGGACACCCCGGCUGGCCGGGCGAAGUGA